UGUUUGUCUGUUUCACGGUUUUGGGAAAUUGCAGACAUGGUGCUCGGGCUCUUCGUCGUCGAUCUUGUCGGCGGCACCCUCGUCCACGCGCGAGCCCUCUCGGCAGCCUUCCACACACAGUAUCCCACGAAAUCCCACAUGAACCAAGCGGCCCUCUUCUUUGCCCUCCACAGCUUUGCAGGAUCGGUCGUCGAGACUUCAUCGCAGCACGACCUUCAAUACUUUGAGACAUCCAACGAACGCUACGUCAUGGAGCCCGUGCCCGCCAAGCAGUGGCUCCUCGUCAUUGUGACGUGGCGCUCGACGCAUGCAGCGAUCGCACGACACAUGGCGACUGUCAUUGGCGCUGGCGAGGCUGUGCCCAUGGACCGCAAGCGCCAAGCCGCGUACUUUUAUGCGUGCACGCUGCAGGCCCUCGAAGCUGCCGUGUCAAGUGCACUCGAAACGAUCUGUGAACGCCACACUGCCGAGCUCGCCCUUGUGGCGUUUGAUAGCAAGAAAACAGCUUUGGAGGUCGAGCUCCUUUUUCUUGGCUCCACUUCCUCUGUUUGCUAG